AGUUUAUCUAACAUCUUGGAGGAGCUCAAACUGCAGCUGUUUAAGUUUUGGCACUUUGUGGUUUCAGUUUUGUAGACAAAAAGAGGAAGUGUGUGGGAAAGACAAGUGUUUUAGUUUUGUGCACUGUGGUUGUUGGUCCAGUCGGCCAGUCUGUUAGGACUGAUAAGUGGAACCGAGUCUUCAUUAGAACCAUGGCAAACACACACAGCACACACCUUCACUGUUGGACCAUAGUGUGUCUCCUCUUCACCUCCUCUUUACCUGCUGCAGGAGUUCAGAUCAGACUGGUUGGUCCUGGUUCUACUCAGUGCUCUGGUAGGGUUGAGGUCUUCCAUGGUGGUACCUGGGGAACAGUCUGUGAUGAUGGAUGGGACUUAAAUGAUGCUCAGGUGGUUUGUAGACAGAUGAACUGUGGGACGGCAGUGAGUGCCCUAAGCUCCGCCCACUUUGGUCGUGGCUCUGGUCCAAUCUGGCUCGAUGAUGUGGUCUGUUCAGGAAAUGAGAGUUCUCUGACUGAGUGUCAACACCCAGGAUUUCGGUCACACAACUGUAAACAUGAUAAGGAUGCUGGUGUCAUGUGUUCAGAUCACAUCAGACUGGUUGGUCCUGGUUCUACUCAGUGCUCUGGUAGGGUUGAGGUCUUCCAUGGUGGUACCUGGGGAACAGUCUGUGAUGAUGGAUGGGACUUAAAUGAUGCUCAGGUGGUUUGUAGACAGAUGAACUGUGGGACGGCAGUGAGUGCCCUAAGCUCCGCCCACUUUGGUCAUGGUUCUGGUCCAAUCUGGCUCGAUGAUGUGGUCUGUUCAGGAAGUGAGAGUUCUCUGACUGAGUGUCAACACCCAGGAUUUCGGUCACACAACUGUAAACAUGAUAAGGAUGCUGGUGUCAUGUGUUCAGCUUCUCAGAUCAGACUGGUUGGUCCUGGUUCUACUCAGUGCUCUGGUAGGGUUGAGGUCUUCCAUGGUGGUACCUGGGGAACAGUCUGUGAUGAUGGAUGGGACUUAAAUGAUGCUCAGGUGGUUUGUAGACAGAUGAACUGUGGGACGGCAGUGAGUGCCCUAAGCUCCGCCCACUUUGGUCGUGGCUCUGGUCCAAUCUGGCUCGAUGAUGUGGUCUGUUCAGGAAAUGAGAGUUCUCUGACUGAGUGUCAACACCCAGGAUUUCGGUCACACAACUGUAAACAUGAUAAGGAUGCUGGUGUCAUGUGUUCAGAUCACAUCAGACUGGUUGGUCCUGGUUCUACUCAGUGCUCUGGUAGGGUUGAGGUCUUCCAUGGUGGUACCUGGGGAACAGUCUGUGAUGAUGGAUGGGACUUAAAUGAUGCUCAGGUGGUUUGUAGACAGAUGAACUGUGGGACGGCAGUGAGUGCCCUAAGCUCCGCCCACUUUGGUCGUGGCUCUGGUCCAAUCUGGCUCGAUGAUGUGGUCUGUUCAGGAAAUGAGAGUUCUCUGACUGAGUGUCAACACCCAGGAUUUCGGUCACACAACUGUAAACAUGAUAAGGAUGCUGGUGUCAUGUGUUCAGCGAGUCUCCCCAAACCCAGCAUCUCUAUGAAUCCUGCCACAGAGGUCACCUGGGGUCAAAGCGUCAGCAUCACUUGUUCAAUUUCAGCGGCAUUUUUGGAUGGAACAUUCAGUCUGAUGGCGUCCUCAGGCUCACGUAGAAACCCUCAGACAUCAACUUCCAACUCAGCUACGUUCAACAUUCCUACAGUGACCUUUGAGAAUGACGGAUCAUACCAGUGUCAGUAUCAGAAGACCAUUUCAAGUCAAACAUUCAGUUCUCCCCCAAGUGACCCCGUCACACUUCAUGUUACUGUGAAUCUGCACCAGCCCAGUAUCUCUGUGAUGUCUCCUAGCGGAGGCCUGGUGUGGGUUCCUGAAGGUGCAGAGGUCACCAGAGGUCACAGCUUUGUCAUCACUUGUUCUGUCAACGCUGGAUACCCCGGAGGCCGGUUCACUCUGAUCUCCGACUCCGACAACAUCACCACCACCGAGGCUGCGGUCAACAACUCCGCCUCCUUUAACUUUUCUGUGGCGGAGUACGAACACCAGGGAAACUACAGCUGCGUGUAUGAAGUGACAGGGUCCACACGCACAUUCACAUCUCCACAAACAGCAGCCAUUCAUAUCAUCAUUAGAUUUCCUUUGUUGCUACUGGUCCUUCCACCUGUUGCUGGGGGUUUGUUGCUGUUCCUGCUGGUCUUCGUGGUGAUCUUUCUGAUCCGAAGGAGACGAUCCCAUUCUGGGCAGAUUGGAGCCCAUGUUCAAACUCAGAUGUUUGAGGAUGACGACGGGGAAGAGGACUACAUCAAUGUUGAUGAAGUUUAUACCAAGGAACUAAAUGGGCCAGCAGGAAUGGGUGAUGAUGAUGAUGAUGAUGAUGAUGAUGAUGAUGAUGAUCGUGAUUAUGAGGAAGCAGAGACUGACGGGAACUGCAUGAAGUCCAAGAGGGCAUGUUUCAAUGUUGAGGGAAGCCAAGGAGAGGGUGAAAGUGGAGAUUCCAGCGAUGAUGAGGCUGACUAUGAAAAUGUAACCCAGCCACCGUCUGAACAAUAUGCCGACAUUUAUGGAGAAAAUGAAAAUGUUUACGCAAACUAUGAGUUUUCUGGUCAUCUGUAGGGAUUCAUUAAACUGCAGAGGACGGCUUUUUUUUUUCAAUUUACAGCUAUUAAAUUGAAUUAUAGUUUGUUUCCAUUUGAUACGUUUAGACGUGAUGAACACAUGACUCACAUUCAAGACCAGAACAAUUGCAACCAAAACAUCUGUAAGAGAUGGUUACAAAUAUAUUCUAGAGCAGUUUCUUUGAGUAGAAAAUGAUCCAAGUGUGAUCUGACCUAAGUACUAGAUGAAGUCCACAAAGGAGCAGAGUAGUUCCUGCCAUGAGAUAUGCAUUCCAUUUUGGGAAUAAGGACAUCAUCUAAACUGUAUCUGCUUGCUAGCUUGUUUUUAGUAUUUUGUAAUAUAUAGUGACAGCUAACUGGAUAGCAGGGUUCCUACACAUUUGACAUUUCUAAAUUCCAUACUUUUUCCAGACCCUAAUUUCCAGAUGUCUUGGUAAAAACAUUCCAUCCAGUCUUUAUAUUUGGAUUUACAAGCCAGUCGUCAGAGAAUUUCCAUCUACCCAUUAUGAGUUCUGCCAACAAUCAAACAAGACAUGUUGAAUAGCUCGCUCACCAACAGUGUGUGGACAUCACCUGUCCGUCAAAGCAGCAGUGAAAAUUGAUGACACCUAGGCGGGCCUUAAAUUGGUUGGAGGAGGAUAAAAGCGGGGCAUUCAACUUGUCAAUCUGCCCAAAUGUUUUCUGGGACACGUAGCCAACUGUUUGUGCUGUCACACAAACAUUUCAGCUGUGCUAGCAAGCACCUUUACAAAACAGAUCGAUCCAUUUUUUUUUUAGAUAUUCAUAAUUUUAUGUUUUAGAAAAAAUAGACCAUUGGAAACAGUCUGGGAAACAUGAAAAUUUUUCCAUACAUUUGUUUCCAUUUUCCAUAAUUUUCCAGACCUGGAAAUUUAUAAAAUCAAAUUCCAUACUUUUCCAUACUUGUGUAGGUACCCUGGGAUAGACGAAUUCUCUCUAAGACCCUUUUAUCUGCCAAGGAAAUUGACACAAGUUGUUGUUACAGUUGUGUAUAUCCACCCAAUGCAUACAUUACUUAAAUAAGUUAGAAUAAGUUAAUGAUAAAUUGAUUGAUAAAUAAACAGAUAAAUAAAUAACUAAAUUUCAUGUUAAAAAUGGUUAAAAUGCAGUGUUUUGAAACUUGAUAAGAGUAAGAUGUCGUUGCCUCAAAGGAUCUUUAUUCUAGCUGUGAGCCAUAGCCCCGUUCAGAGUGAGUGUUCUUUUCCAGAGAUGAUCUUCGACAUAGUUAUGUUGUUCGCUGAAAACCAGCUGGUCUCAGGGCAAACUGAAGUCAGAAGUAACUCAAACAUGCUGAAUGUGUCCUAAAUGCUUGAGCCUUUGGAAAUUGUUAUCUUUGUGACUAUUUAUAUGUUUAUUAGCACUUAAACAUAGGUUCUAAAUGUUAGCUAGCUAAUACUAUGAAUAUGUCAUGUAAACUUGACAGGAAGCUAACGUUUUCAUGCCAUGUACAUGUAUGUAAGCUAACUAUGUGAGCGUACCAGAGAGGCUUUCAAGUCUAAGGCCGAAUCCCAGUUCACCCCUUGGCCCCUCCCCCUUAGCCCUACCCCUCCAUUUAGCACAUUCACGUGAAGGGGUAGGGGUGUCCCAAUUCUUGAUGAGUCAGAGGGGAGGGGCUAAGGGGGAGGGCU